AUGGGUAACUGGAUGCACGGAUUCUUUGCUUUCGUGGCUGUAGGAGCUACGAACGUCGGCAGCAUUCAUGUAUUCGCCGAUCCCGAUCUCGUUACCAAUCGGCAACCCAGUUACUUGCGCCAUCUAUUCUCAGCACGCCGUGGAGUCAAAGUUACCAGCAAUGCCAAUGGCCCCACCUCAGAUCCCGUUUCUGCCAGCGAGUGCGGAACAAUGCCCAUUAUCAUAAAAAUGGAUGGGUACGAGGAUCUUCAUUUUCUCCAACCCAUCAAGACCAUCAAGGGUGAACUUUUUGGCGAAUUCAACUUUGGUUCCACCAUCGUGCUCAUCUUCGAGGCACCCGCAGGCUUCCAAUUUUUCGUGAAGCGGGCAGAAAGGGUGCGGGUGGGACAGGCACUUGGACACGUUGUAGCAGACUCUUGA